GUCUUGUCAGAACAACACCAGUACUUAAUCGAACCGUAUCGGUAUUAGAUUUAUCAGAACCCGACCCAUUACCAGCACAUCGAAGGGAAGAAAUUGAUUUGUUGGGCCGUUUCUUGUACAUACCCGAUGAAAACACCGAGAAUAAUGAAAAUAAAUUUUAG